UAGUAUCCAAAUUUAACAAAAGGUUGUAAUUAUUUGCAAAAUUAAAAGUGAUGUAGCAAAUCGAUUGAAUCAUACAAUAGGUACUAAACUGUAAAUUACGACGUAAGCAAAUUCUAUUAUUCUUGGAAGGAUUAAUUCUUCAAUACUGCUUCUGGGUUUCUUCGCCACCCCAGUUUUAGUUCUUCUGUUUCUAUUUCGGACAAGUCAUUGUGAUUUUAUCUAUUUAUCGGAGAGAAACGGAUGAGUGAAGAGAAAUGUUAGGGAUACAGAGAAGAACAAUCAGAUGGGUUCAUACCGCUGUAGCUGCUCCGCAUCUCGUUCGGUUCACUCUAAAACCACCCAAAACUAUGGAGUAUGUCAACGGUAGUAAGUUCCAUCUAUCAGCUGAAUUUUUGAGAAUACAUAGUCCGGCUGUUGAUGGGAAAGUUAGGUCAUUUGGAGGUGACAAGGUGAUAUUUGGGCGGCGGCAUGUGGGUAUCAUGUCUGCAGAGCCUGUAGGAAACUAUGGGGUAAGGUUAAUAUUUGAUGAUUUGCAUAAAACUGGGAUUUUUACAUGGGAUUAUUUCUAUCAUCUUGGUAGCAAUAAGUUCAGCUUGAUGAGAGAUUAUAUCAGAACGCUAAGGAAGCAUGGACUUAGCCGCGAUCCUCCUAAAAGAAAAUGAUGGAGACUGUAGUUGGUUAUUGUACAACGAGCACAAAGAGACUAAAAGGUUAAAAAAUUGUAACCAGAAUUUUGAUGCAACUCGACGAAAAGAAAGAAUUGUUCAUGAGCAUCAGCGAAGAGACUACAUCGGUGUACAGGAAAGGAAUUGUUGGCAAAAACAUUAGCAAAUACAUUAGUUUUACUUAAUUUUACCUGUUUUUUGUGAAAGCCAGAUUAGAAGAUGAAAUGUGAGCUUAUUUGCUUGCUGCUUAAAAAUUUUAUGUUCUCACUUUGAACAAUAUGAUAUCAACCAGUGGCAGUUAUUUGAUGCUAAA